CUUCCUGAUCAAUGGUCCUAUCUCUAUACUAAAUAUUCCUCCUUAUUUGUGAUUCUCCCCUUCACUCAACAAUUGGCUGUCUCUCAGCGUAAGCAGUGCGCCACCACGCCAUUUCUAUAUAAAGAGGUUAUGCUUUCCAGAACUCGUCUUUAUCUGAAAAUAAAAUAUAUAAUAGGAAUGUUUAUGUCCAAAUGUUGGCCAUAUAUCAACAGUCCAGCCAAGCAUCCAUUGAUUGUCUCCAGAGAAAGUCGCCUAGUCGGAAAACCCAACAAUGUAUAG